AUGAAAUAUUAUUUCAAAGUGAAAGGUGUACUACUUCUAUUGGUGUGUUUGCUUCAUACAACUGUAGAAUCAAAAAAUGUUUUGGCUGAUAAAAGGCAAAUUGUGAGAAAAAGGUACAAGCAGUUGAGAGGGGUGUCUUUGCAUUUCCUUCACUCCACUCCAUGUAACAACGUCGCUAGUGAGAAACAUGCUAUAGGAAGGGUAUGGUCGUCUACCAAAUUGUGCAACCGUGCAAAAUGCAGCAGGAAGAAGCACAUAAUGAACAUCAAAUCGGGUGGAGGUAGUCUCCAAUCUGAUAGUGAGGAUGCAUUCCAAAGGGGAAACAUCAUAUGCAAUAAAAAAAUGAAGUUAAUAAUUCAACAACUGAAUAGAAGCAAGUGGUACGAUUUUAAAUGUUUUUCCCCAGCGAAGGUUAAUUUAUUUUUAAGACUAAAAGAGAGGAAGGAGACCCACAAUGAAUUAUCAACUCUGAUGCAUACGAUAAAUUUAGGCGAUGAUAUUUUUGUAACUGCUUUGAGUAAGGAUGAUCAGAGGAAAUUAACAGAGCUGCUAUAUCCGUGUCAGUCUGGCGAUUUCUUAACCAUAGAGAAGGAGGAAGAGUACGAGGGGGAGAACAAAAAUGAGGAAAUGAACCAAGCAGGGAAAGACGAAGACAGGAGGUAUUACUACAACCAUUACCCACUAAAUGACGAUAACAUAAUUGCAAAGGUGUUGAGACGAUACAGAGAAGAACUAGACAUACGGGAUGACGUCAAAUUUUUAGUUCAUAUAGUGAAGCGCAUUCCCAUUUUUAGUGGGGUAGGUGGAGGAUCGUCUAAUGGAGCUUCCGUUUUUCACUUCUUGGAAGAAUAUUAUUACAAAUACUUAAAAACGAAUCAUUUAAGGAACGAAUUUUUAAAAACAAUAGGCAGUGACAUAUCCUUUUUUAGAAGCUCCGGUUUUGCCUACUGUACUGGCAAGGGCAAUGAUGUCAUCGAUUUAAGUGAUGCCCAGGCAACAAUUUCGGGGCGUAGAAUAUAUAUUUUUCAAAUAGGCGAAGGAUUGUCCUCUAAGUUGGUCUAUCAGAAUGUUGACUAUAACCAGAUAGUUCAGUAUAACCCUAUCACCUUGUUGAAACAGUUCCUAGUUAGCACAGAGAGGUGUAAUAGCCUCAAACAGGUAGAAGAAGCGGAGAGCAGUUAUUUGAAGCAGUUCGUGCCGCUGGACGGGAAAUCUCAAACAAACAGUUUUAUAAACGACUUGGAACACUCUGCGUUUAUUUUGCUUAAUAAGGUGAAAUGUUUGAAGGACCUCCUCUUGAAUCAAAACAUUUUCGAUGCUGUAACGAUGAGUGGAAGUGGCUCAUCGUUAUUUGCACUCACAAAAAAGAAUAUGAGUUUAGACGAGGAGAAGAUGCACGUAAAAAAAUUGAUAAAGCAAGUUCAGGAAAAGUUGGGUAUACCUGUAAAGGUCUAUUUGUGUAGCGCUUUAAGGAAGACUGAUGAUGACCUGUGGUAUAAGCCGGGCGAAUUCGCGGAGAGGCUGUCCUAG